AUGUCAUCAAUCAAGUCUGCAGCCAGCAAGGUUGUGCAAGUGUUGGUGGAGGUUCUGCGUUUGACAUCCCCCCAGGCAGCAGACAUACUUAGGGACGAAGGCGAUCCCAACGGGAAGGGCAGGGGGGCGACUAAGAAGAUCAUCUCAGUUGCUCUCUUCUGCCUCGUCAGCAUCAUCAUCGUCGGUAUCGUCACCAAGACUGACGACCCGAAUCACGAGCAACUCUCGUGGGGAGAUAUUUCCAUCUCCGGGCUGAGCAGCUUUGCUACAAGGCUAUACAGCACGGACAACGCGAGCUCUAACAGCACGGAAAGCACGGAAGGAUACAAGCGAGACACCAACACUUCCACGGGAGUAGGCUCAGGUUCAAGAUCGAAUGAAAGGACCCUGAAGUCGCAGGAGGAGCCAGAAUGUACGAAGUGUCAGCUGCGCGCUGCCUAUCACCUGAGAAAAGGCGCUGGCCAAAGAUCUCUGAGAACAGCGAUGAUGAGUAGCGAUAUUAACUUGAGCAUCAAAACAAACAAGUAA